AUGGCGGAGGAGUGCUGCAGCGCGGACCUGCUGGAGUGGAUCGGCCCUGACGUCUCAGCAUGCGUCUUCGGCCGCCUUGACCACCCCGCCGACCUCGUCCGCGCCGCCGCUGUCUCCAGAACCUGGCGCAGAUGCGUGGUCGAGAGCGGCUUGAGCAAGAGCCUUUGCCUGCGGCUGUGCCCCGAGGUCGCCACCGUCGCCGCGGCGGCAGAGGUGGCCAGAUCGCCGCCUUCAACCGCCGCCCAUGAAUCAGGCCACGAGAGGGACUACAGGAUAUACUCCAACCUCGCCGGCGCCUACGUCUCCGACUCCGCCGCCAAGCCCUCCGCGGAAUGCAUCUUGGACUGCAUCGGGGCCUCCAGCACCGACGACUUCCCAGCAGAGACCAUGGAAAACACCCUCGACGAGGAGGAGAUUAUCAAUUUCCGCCCGUCCUAUUGGUCGAGCGGCGGGGCGGACGACCCGGAGGCGCCGGAGAGCCUUACCUACAGGCUCAACUCUGACAUCUGCAUUGUCGAUGAGAUUCGGGUGCGGCCGUACCAAGCCUUUUUUCAGGAUGGUGACCCUAUAUACUCUUCAAAGGUGGUGCGAUUUCGGAUGGGCCAUUACAAGCUUCCGCGAGGAUCAGAGACGUUUGUAAUGGAUGAUUAUGAGAAUAAGAUGGUAAAUGCUGAUGAAAAAUACAUGUGGACUUACACUUCGCCAGAGUUCCCUAUGUUACAGAAAAACGAACUACAAUCCUUCAAGCUCCCACGCCCCGUCCUUUGCAUUGGUGGUGUGGUGAUGAUUGAACUCUUGGGCAGAGUACAGAAACAAGAAGCAGAUGAUAGGUACUACAUAUGCGUUUGCCAUGCUGAAGUGAUGGGGCGUUCACUCUCACCACUUUUCAUGGUUGAAAUCUCGGAUCCUGAAGGUUAUUCAAUCCUCAAGUACUUACCGGGUGCCAAAGACCUAUCCAUCGAUGACUUUUUGCAAGAUGAUACCAAAGACUCGCCGGAGUGGCACUAUCUUGUUGGUAGAUACAGGCAGAUGAAUCACAGAGCAGUAGUAGUGAGUGCACUUUUGGAGCCUGUACAUUACAUGCAUGAUGUAGGUGGCAUCUCAGACGAUGAUCAUGAAGAUGAUGUAGGUGGCAUCUCAGACGAUGAUCAUGAGGAUGAUGUAGGUGGCAUCUCAGACGAUGAUUAUCUUGAGUAG